AUGAGUGAUAAAUCAAACGAUGGCGGUGAAAACGAUUCACUUCCUAUGGAUAAUAUUAAUAUAAAUUCAAUUGAUGAUGAAAAUAAUAAUGAUAUAAAUAAUCAAGACGACAACGAAAAUAAUAAUAAUAAUAAUAAUAAUAAAAAUAGCGAUGAUAAUGAAGAAAAUUUAAAAGAUUAUAAAAAUAAAAAAGAAGAUUUUGGAAAUAUUAAAAUGGAUACAAUUGAUGAUAGACCAACUAAUAAUGGUAUUUUAUCACCAAUUGAUAUUACAUCAGAUGGUGGUGAUUCAGUUAAAACUCUUAGUACAACUCAAUCAAAAAAAUUAGAUGAAGGUGAAAAAAAAGAAGGUGAGGUUGGACCACAAGUUCCAUUUUUUUCAUUAUUUAGAUUUGCAAAACCUUUUGAUAUAUUAUUAAUGAUCAUUGGUACUAUUGGUGCUUUGGCAAAUGGUGUUUCAAUGCCAGCCAUUUCCAUUGUAUUUGGUCGUUUAAUGAAUUCAUUUUCACCAGAAAAUUUAGCGGAUCCAAAUUUUGAUUUAGUUGAAACAGUUACAUCAAAUGCAAUGUAUUUUAUUUAUAUUGGUUGUGGUGUUUUUGUAUGUUCAUAUGUUGAAGUAGCAUUUUGGAUGUUAGCAGGUGAACGUCAAGCAGUUAGAUGUAGAAAAGCUUAUUUAAAAGCAAUUCUUAAACAAGAGAUUGGUUGGUAUGAUGUUACAAAAUCUAGUGAACUUUCAACUAGAAUUAGUAGUGAUACUUUAUUAUUCCAAGAAGCAAUUGGUGAGAAAAUUGGUAAUUUCUUACAUCAUACUUCAACUUUUAUUUGUGGUUUUAUUGUUGGUUUUGUAAAUGGUUGGCAAUUAACUUUAGUAAUUUUUGCAUUAACACCAUUAAUUGCAGCAGCAGGAGCAUUUAUGACAAAAAUGAUGGCAGAUUUAACAAAGAAAGGUCAAGAUGCAUAUGCAAAAGCUGGUGGUGUUGCAGAAGAAAAGAUUGGAUCAAUUAGAACUGUUUCAACAUUUUCAGGUGAACCAUUUGAAGUUAAACGUUAUACUGAACGUUUAAAGGAAGCAUUAGAUAUUGGUACAAAGAAAGGUAUAAUGAAUGGUAUUGGUAUUGGUUUAGUAUUUUUAGUAUUAUUUGGUACUUAUUCGUUAUCAUUUUGGUAUGGUGGUAAAUUAAUUGUCGAUAGAAAAUGGAAUCCAGUACCAGAUAGACCAUGGCAAGGUGGUGAUGUAUUAACUGUAUUCUUUUCAGUGAUUAUGGGUGCUAUGGCAUUAGGUCAAGCAAGUCCAAAUGUUGCAUCAUUUGCAAAUGGUAGAGGUGCAGCUUUUAAAAUCUAUGAGGUUGUUGAUCGUAACUCUAAAAUCGACCCAUUCUCUACUGAAGGUAGAUCAAUUGAAGAAACUGUUCAAGGUAAUAUAGAGUAUAGAAAUAUUGGAUUCUCUUAUCCAUCACGUCCAGAUGUUAAAAUUUUCAAUAAUUUCAAUUUAACCAUUAAAAAAGGUACAACCGUUGCAUUGGUUGGUGAUAGUGGUGGUGGUAAAUCUUCAGUGAUUGGUUUAUUAGAACGUUUCUAUGAUCCAGAUGAAGGUGAAGUUUAUUUAGAUGGUACAAAUAUUAAAGAGAUUAAUAUUCAUUCACUAAGAAGAAAUAUUGGUUUAGUAUCACAAGAACCAGUGUUAUUUGCAAAUUCAAUCGCUGAAAAUAUACGUUAUGGUAAUGAAAAUGCAACUAUGGAUCAAAUUAUUGAAGCUUGUAAAACCGCAAAUGCUCAUGAUUUCAUUAGUGCUUUACCAGAGGGUUAUGAUACUCAAGUUGGUGAAAAAGGUGUUCAAAUGUCUGGUGGUCAAAAACAACGUAUUGCAAUUGCUCGUGCAAUGAUUAAAGAUCCAAAGAUUCUAUUAUUAGAUGAGGCCACAUCGGCUUUAGAUUCUCAAAAUGAAUUAUUAGUACAACAAUCAAUUGAAAAAUUAAUGAUUGGUCGUACCACAAUUGUAAUUGCUCAUCGUUUAUCAACAAUUCAAGAUGCUGAUCAAAUUGCUGUAGUUAAAGGUGGUGCAAUCGUUGAAAUUGGUACUCAUCCAGAAUUAUAUGCUUUAAAUGGUGUUUACACUCAAUUGGUUAAUAGACAACAAAAAGGUGGUGAUGAUGGUGAUAAAAAAAAGAAAAAGAAAUCAAAAGAAUCAUCAAAAGAUGAAAGUAAUAAUAAUAUUGGUCCAAGUAGUAUUUCAAUUGAUAAAUCAAUUCAAAGUAUUGGUGCCGAUAGUUUAGAAACUUCAACCAUUGGUUUAGUAAAUGAUAAUGAUAAUAAAAAGAAAAAGAAGAAAGAAAAAAAACCUCAAGAAAAAUCUGUACCAAUUGGUCGUAUCUUAAAAUUGAGUAGAGGUGAUUGGCCACAUUUCUUAAUUGGUUUGGUUGGUGCAACAUUAAAUGGUGCAAUUAUGCCAGUAUUUUCAAUUAUCUUUUCAGAGAUUUUGGGUAUUUUCCAAGAACAAGAUACUGAUGAAUUGACUCGUCGUUCAAGAAAUAUGGCAUUAUGGUUUAUUUUAUUGGCAGUUGUUGCAGCUUUGGCAAACUUUAUUCAAAUUUAUUGUUUCACAUUCAUUGGAGAGAAAUUAACAUUUAAUCUUCGUAGAUUAUCAUUUGAAUCAAUUAUGAGACAAGAUAUUGGUUGGUUUGAUUUAACAGAGAAUUCAACUGGUAGAUUAACAGCAAAUCUUGCAACUGAAGCAACUUUAGUUCAAGGUAUGACUUCACAACGUCUUGGUUUAUUAAUUCAAAAUAUUGUUACAAUUGUUGCUGGUUUAGUAAUUGCAUUUGUUAGUGGUUGGAAAUUAACUUUGGUGGUUUUAGCAUGUGUACCUGUAAUUGGUUUUGCAGGUAAAGUUGAAAUGGAUUUCUUCCAAGGUUUCUCUCAAAAAGGUAAAGAGGCUUAUGCUGAAUGUGGUCAAGUUGCAUCUGAAGCAAUUGGUGGUAUUCGUACAGUUUCUUCAUUCACUUGUGAAAAUAAAAUCUUGGAAAAGUUCCGUCAAUGUCUUCAAAAACCAAUUCAAAUGAGUUUUAGAAAAUCAAAUGUUAGUGGUUUAUCUUUUGGUUUCUCACAAUGUACUCUCUUCUUUAUUUAUACACUCACCUAUUGGUAUGGUGGUAAAUUAGUAGAUUCAGGUGAAUGGCCAGCAAAAGAAUCAACUUUAGAAACUUAUUGUUACAAUGGUGAAUAUGCUAAUAUUGGCUAUACCGAUGAAGCUACUUGUAUUAAAUCUUUCACUACAACUGAAGGUUUUUCAAUGAUGAUGAGAGUAUUCUUUGCAAUUAUUAUGUCUGCUAUGGGUGUUGGUCAAUCAAUGGCAUUUAUGCCAGAUUUAGGUAAAGCUAAAUUAGCUGCCGUAGCAAUCUUUAGUCUUAUCGAUAGAGUUUCAGAAAUUGAUCCAUUUGAAAAUAAAGGUCAAACUUUACCAGAGUUCAAAGGUGAUAUUGAAUUUAAAGAUAUUAAAUUCUCUUAUCCAUCACGUCCAAAUAAAGCAGUAUUCCAAGGUUUUAAUUUAGUCAUUCCACAUGGUAAAAAAGUAGCUUUGGUUGGCAAUAGUGGUGGUGGUAAAUCAUCGGUUAUCUCUUUACUUGAACGUUUUUAUAAUCCAUCUCAAGGUUCAAUCACUAUUGAUGGUGUAAAUAUUAAAGAUUUAAAUUUGAAUUGGUUAAGAGGUAAUAUGGGCUUAGUUGGUCAAGAACCUUUCUUAUUUAGUGGUACAAUCUUUGAAAAUAUUAUCUAUGGUAAACCUGAUGCAACAAUGGAUGAAGUUGUUGAAGCUGCAAAAGCUGCAAAUGCUCAUACUUUUAUUGAAUCACUUCCAGAUGCUUAUCAUACUCAAUUAGGUGAUAAAUUCACUCAAUUAUCUGGUGGUCAAAAACAACGUGUUGCAAUUGCUCGUGCUAUUAUUCGUAAUCCAAAGGUUUUAUUAUUAGAUGAGGCUACAUCUGCUUUAGAUACUGUCUCUGAAAAAGUAGUACAAGUUGCACUCGAUAAUGUCUCUAAAGGUCGUACUUCAAUUGUAAUUGCUCAUCGUUUAUCAACUGUUAUUGAUGCUGAUUUAAUUGUAGUCGUAAAAGAAGGUAAAGUAGUUGAAUUAGGUACUCAUGAAACUUUAUUAGCUGAAAAUGGUUUCUAUGCUGAAUUAGUUUCAAGACAAAUGUAA